AUGAUACUAUUCAAAAUGGCGGAAUUGCGCCAAUUCUCGGAAAAUACUGUUGGUGACAACGCCAGUAUAUUUCAGGGAAACAUAGCCAACAUGACCAAUAACUUCGAAGCCAAUCAUGCUGCUGCCGAUGAAUCAUUUCUUCAAAAAUUCAGCAAAACAAAUCCUAUUGAUAACAAAAAUCGAAUAUUGGAGUCCAAGGGUGGCCUCCUGGAUGACUCGUAUCGCUGGAUCCUGGAACACGAGCAGUUUAGGAAGUGGCGUGACACUGAAAAUAGCGGCGUCUUAUGGAUCAAAGGCGAUCCCGGAAAGGGCAAGACGAUGUUGCUCUGCGGGAUCAUAAAAGAGCUUGAAAAUGAUCCAAAAAUACAAGAGAGACUGGCCUACUUCUUCUGCCAAGCUACCGAUGAUAAGAUCAAUACCUCCACGGCUAUCAUCAGAGGCUUGAGCUACUUAUACCUUCGUCAAUAUCCCAAGCUUCUUUCGCGCAUUCGCCAAGAAAACAAGGACGAACCGGAUGACUUUCUGGAAGGAGAUAACGAACGAUUUGCCUUGUGCAGGAUCUUCAAAAGUGUUGUCAAAGAUCCCUGCAUUACACAUCCUAUUUGCAUUAUUGACGCCCUCGACGAGUGCCAGCACGAAGAGUCUCUACAAGCUCUUUUCAGUCUCAUUGUGGACACAAGCAGUCGUGUUAAGUGGCUACUAUCUAGCCGAAACGAAAAAUGGAUAGAACGGGGUCUCCGUGCGGUCAAAGAGCACCAGAGGCUGACGCUGGAGCUCAGAGGAAACUCAGAACACGUUUCUAGUGCGGUCAAAACAUAUAUUAGCCAUUGCAUCCAGGAUAUCCAUGCGUUGAAGGAUGAUGCAGAAUUGCGGCAUAAAACAGCAGAGGUACUCCACACAAAGGCAAAUGGCACCUUUUUAUGGGUAACGCUCGUUGUCAAAGAGUUGCACAAUACGAGUCAUCCUCACGUCGAAGCUGUGUUGCAAAGCAUGCCCGAGGGUUUAAAAGAGCUUUACGACGAAAUUUUGAGGCGUGCUAAGAAGCGCUGGAAAGCCGAUGAACGCGCUUGUCUGGCUAUUCUGGCGACAGUCACAGCUGCUAAACGGCCCCUUUCAAUGGAAGAACUGCAUAUGUUUAUCAGCCCAACGUUGAUGCAGCUUGAGGGUAAAUACAACAUUCAUAGCGUCAAGGGCUUCGUGGAAGCCUGUGGGUCCUUCAUAUCCAAUACAAACGAUGUCAUUUAUUUUAUUCAUCAAUCUGUCAAGGACUACAUGGGAAAACAAGAGGCGAGUCAAAUACUUGAACUUACGAGUGAUCUCUGUCGAGCCGUUUCUCAGAAUAGGACCAUAAUCGAUAGAGUUCCUACGCAACUAUAUGUCUCGGCCCUUGUCUUUAGCCCGGUGGAGAGCAGACUGAGGAAGACAUUUGAAGCAGCAGAACUUCCGGAAUGGAUGGCUAUCAAGCCUGUAAUGGGACAAGAAUGGGGUCACUGCCUACAGACUAUCGAGGGCCCAUUUCGGACUAUAUUCGUAACGUUUUCACCAGACAAUAGUAAGCUGGUGUCGACCGAUUUCCUCAGCAUUGCCACGGUUUGGGACUUGACAACGGGAGCGCUUUUGCAACAAUUACAUGGCAGUAUGUAUGCGCCCUGCGCAGCUUUUUCAUCAGAUGGGAAUACAUUGGCGCUUCGUCACUCCGAAGGCGUUGAAAUAUGGGAUCUUGUAGGCGGAUCUCGCUCCAAGAAGAUCAAUCAUACUGGCAUUACGUCGAUGACUUUUAUUGCCGAAGGUACAUAUUUGUCCAUGCUGGGCCCCAAGCUUUUCACAACUCACGACAUAGCCAGAAGCGUGGACCUACACACCUACGUCGGUCAGCCGGGAGAAAAGUUUCACGACGUAGUUCUUUCAUCUAGUUUUGUACAACUAGCAUUUAGUGAUAUAAAAGACCGUGUGGAAGCCUGGUCUCUGGCCGUCUGGACGCUAGUGCCGUAUUUCACAAACAAAACGUUCGGGGCACGGCUGGUUGUGACUCUUGAGGGAGAAAAUUCAACGCUCCUCAAGGUCAUGGAUCUUGCCGCCGGAAAAUACACGCAAACGAUGUUGAAAUGUAGGAAAAUCGGUGAAAAAUCACUCUUUCUGAUAUCUGAUGGUAUGCGAUUGGUUGUACGACAUUCCUAUGGAGUGAUCCGUGUCUGGGAUCUUGCCACUGGACUCUGGCAAACAAUUGACCUUCCAGAUAAAAGGUUGAGAACAAUGGCCAUUUCACCUUGUCGCACGCGGCUAGCCUGGGCAAACAAGCAAGAUAUCUGCGUGUGGGACGUUGCCAGCAACGAAUAUCGGUGGGCAUCCACUAGUGAUGCAGGUCGUACGAACGCAAUGGCCUUUUCGCCUGAUGAUUCGCGACUGGCGCUAGUAACGGUCGAUGGAACAUUCAAGGUCUGGGAAUUGACCACUAGCAAGCCUCUGCAGAGCCUUGAUUCUCGCCCCGACGCAAUCAUGGAAAUGGUGUAUUCCCCUAAUGGCAAAUGGCUGGCUUCGCUCACCUACAAUGAUAUCAAGCUUUGGAAUCCGACUACAAGCGAGUGUGUACGGACACUGAGAACUUCAUCGAACUUCACAGCCCUUGAAUUUUCACUGGACAGCUUGUGGCUAGCAGCUGGCGAUGACAGGGGCACCAUACACGUUUAUAACGCGGCAACAGGCGCAUGUCAUCAGACACUGACAUCAGUGGAAUAUGACGAUGGUGAUAUAGGCCCCAAAAGCAAGCAUAGCGCACAAAUGUCCAUCGAUUCAGUGACAUUUUCCUCCAAUAGCAGUACGCUAGCAUCAGUUGGACCAGGUUCACGCACUAGAGACGGAGACCAAGGUUUCGGUUACAUUCUCAAGAUUUGGGACUUGGCAACAGGAGAAUGUCUCCGGGCUGUAACUCUAAGCAGUCGGGCGAUGUCCUAUAUUGGUAUCGGAACAUUGAUUUUCUCUCCAGACAACACGCAAUUGGGGUCUAUACUGAGAAAUGGUAUUGUCAUUGUUUGGGAUGCAUCAACAGGCGAGCAUCUCCAAACCCUCGGGGGUCACGAGAAGCCCUACUCCCAUUUGCAUUUUGCUCGAUCAGGAGACAGGAAAAAUACUACGACAGAUGAAUUUGCGGAGUCUUUAGCUAAGCUUUCUGAUUAUUUCUCUCGCACGCAAGGAGUAGAAUAUAGCAACAAAGCGCCUGAGCUCACCAUAAGCAAAGAUAAUGCGUGGAUUCAGUGGAAAAAGGAGCCUAAGAUCGGCCUUCCGCCGGAGUAUCGCCCAAAAACAUUCGCAGCACAUGAAGACUAUUGCGCCAUAGCAACUUAUGCACACCAAGUGCUAUGUUUUCGAUUUUCUUUUUGA